CCGGCAGCCGGCUUCUCGCAGCCGUCGCCCGCUGCUGACGUGGGCCAGCCGGGUACGGGGCUGUAGGUGCGGGUCGUCAUGGCGGUAGACAUCACGCUGCUGUUCCGGGCCAGCGUCAAGACCGUGAAGACUCGGAACAAAGCGCUGGGAGUGGCGGUGGGCGGCGGGGUUGAUGGCGGCCGCGACGACUUGUUCCGCCGGAGCCCCCGGCCCAAGGGCGACUUCUCCAGCCGGGCUCGCGAAGUGAUUUCGCACAUCGGCAAACUGAGGGAUUUUCUUCUGGAACACAGGAAAGAUUAUAUUAAUGCUUAUAGCCAUAUCAUGUCUGACCACGGGAGGAUGACAGAUACAGAACGGGACCAGAUCGACCAGGACGCGCAGACCUUCAUGAGGACGUGCUCAGAAGCCAUUCAGCAGCUGAGGACUCAGGCCCACAAGGAGCUCCACUCCCCGCAAGUGAAGGAGCACCGGGGCGCCGUGGUGGACUUCGUGGAGGACUACUUGAAAAGAGUGUGCAAACUUUACUCGGAACAAAGAGCCAUCCGCGUGAAACGAGUGGUGGAUAAGAAAAGACUAUCCAAGCUGGAACCAGAAGCCAGUCCAAAGACCAGAGAAUCCACGUCCUCUGAGGUUUCCGAAGACCCUUCAAAGGAGUCAGAAGAAAAACCUGCCCCUGAAGAGCAUCCAGAAAAGAUUCCGACUGAAGCACAGCCCGAGUUGGGAACCUGGGGAGACGGCAAGGGUGAAGAUGAACUAUCCCCAGAAGAAAUACAAAUGUUUGAACAAGAAAACCAGCGCCUCGUUGGUGAGAUGAACAGCCUGUGUGACGAAGUGAGGCAAAUUGAAGGGAAAAUGGUUGAAAUUUCCAGACUUCAAGAGAUAUUUACAGAAAAGGUUUUACAACAGGAAGCCGAGAUCGACAGCAUCCACCAGCUAGUUGUGGGAGCGACAGAGAACAUCAAGGAGGGCAACGAGGACAUCAGAGAGGCCAUCAAGAACAACGCGGGCUUCCGAGUGUGGGUGCUCUUCUUCCUGGUCAUGUGCUCCUUCUCCCUGCUCUUCCUCGACUGGUAUGACGGCUAGGCGCCCAGCACGGGCAUGUCUCCGCCUCGGCGACAGCGUGUGGCCAUGACCAGCCUCUACCACAGAGCCAUUUGUGGGGAGGGGGGCUGAGACAUAAUUCACAGAAGGGACACCCAACCCAUUAUUAGCUGAAACAGAAAACAGUGAACACAGAUUGGAAGUGGGCGGUGUGGCAGUGGUCACCGGGCAAGGCGGACGGACAGGAGGGGCUGUUCUGAGCGGAGGCCGCUGUGCCUGAGCUGCCCAGGGAGGGCCCAGCAGGUCCCCAACUCCACCAGCCACCUUCUCGGGGCUCAGAGGAGGCGUGCCCCCGACUUCCUGCCUCUGGGCUGAGGAGCUUCUGUUCGGAGAAGGAAGGGGCCCACGAACCAGCCUGUGCCCAGACCCUCGAGGAAACGUGAUGGGAACGCCCACUUGCGGUGGAAACACGAGACAGCUGGGGCCACGCGGUGCAGAGCGUGCUGGUGGCCACAGGGCUCCCUCGCGCAGGCAUGGUGGUCCUGUGCUGCUCCCUGGGAACUGCGUGCUACACGGGGGUCCUCAGGCAGCCACGGGGACCCUUGUGUUCUCUGCGUGCCCACAGAAAGUGUCCGGAGUCACAUGUGAAUGAACUGACCAUCAAUAAAGGACCUGCUGCCAGGACAUGCGUGUGGGGCUGGCCUUGGCGCAGUGACCGUGUCUGGAGGGAGAUGGGUGCGGGAGACGUUUCCACAGGUGGGCACCACUGUGUGUGCGCUCCGCACGGCCCCGUGGCACCGGGCCACAGCGUGCACACACCUGCAGUCACCUGUGGUUGCGGUCCGUGUGCAGGGGCCCUUGGUGCAGAAACACGGUCUGUCAGAGAAGCGCGCUCAGGAGGCGGCGUGGGGCCGGCUGUGGCCACUGUGCCCAUUCGCAACAGGCCUGCACUGCGCUGUUCACCUCUGAUGACUUAGACCCGGGGACCUCGGAGCGUCCGCCAGAAACAACACACUCGGAUCACGUGGGAGAGAAUGUCUGCUCAUCUGCUGUAUUUAAUCGUCUUAUACACUGUUAUCUAAGUGGCGGUUCUGUAAACAUACUUUAAUGUCAA